AUGUCUAAAAGAGUCGCUUCGAUCGAAGACGCCAACGACGCUGAUAAUGCUCGUGUAGUGUCAAGUAAGUUGGAUUCCAACGCCGUGCCAACCACGAAAGCUCCCGUCGCUGAAGGCGAUGUUGAAAUGGGAGAGUUUGAGGACCAGUUCAGUGACGAGUUUGAAAGUGAUGGGGAGAUUGUACAGAUGGACGGCGAAGAAGACGAGGAAGAAAAUGUUGAAGGCGAGGUUGGUGGAGAGGAUGGGGAAUAUAUCCAGAGAAGCCAGUUGACGGCGCAGCAAUUGGUGGACCAGGAUCAAGCGAGCGAGCAAAAACAAUCGGAACCUCAGCAGCAGCUGUACUUGCCGCACUUGUCGAAGCCCCUGGGUCCAGAUGAAGUUUUAGAGGCGGAUCCAACUGUAUACGAGAUGCUUCACAACGUCAACAUGCCAUGGCCGUGCUUGACGCUAGACAUUAUUCCAGAUCGUCUUGGGUCAGAGCGCAGAAACUACCCACAGUCCUUGUUGAUGACAACAGCCACCCAAGCGACUAAGAAGAAAGAUAACGAAUUGUUAUGUCUCAAGCUCUCACAGCUCAGUAAAACGUUGGUUAAAGAUGACAACAACGACGAAGAUGACGACGACGACGACGAAGACGAAGAUCAAGAUCCCGUGAUGGAGAACGAGAACGUGCCACUGAAAGACACCACUAACAGGCUCCGGGUAUCGCCAUUCGCAUCCGAGUCGCCCGAGAAACUCACUGCCACAAUGAGUGAAAGCGGUGAGGUCCACAUUUUCGACCUGGGGCCCCAGGUUAAAGCGUUCGAAGUGCCAGGCUACCAGAUACCCAAAACCGCGAAGAGACCAAUACACACUAUUAAAAACCACGGCUCAGUCGAAGGAUACGCCCUUGAUUGGUCACCUUUGCACAAGAGCGGGUCUUUGUUGACCGGUGACUGUUCUGGUAGAGUAUAUUUGACUCAAAGACACACCUCCAAGUGGAUCACCGAUAAAACUGCCUUCAGUGCGGACAACAACCAGUCUAUCGAAGAUAUUCAGUUCUCCCGCACCGAGGCUACAGUUUUCGCAACCGCCGGCUGUGAUGGCUAUAUCAGAAUUUGGGACACAAGAUCUAAGAAACACAAGCCAGCUAUUUCUGUACAAGCCUCAAACACAGACGUCAACGUCAUCAGUUGGAAUGAGAAGAUUGGCUACUUAUUGGCCAGUGGUGAUGAUAACGGUACAUGGGGCGUCUGGGAUCUGAGACAGUUUGCGCCUUCGACGGCCGCUUCCACUACCCCUGUUGCCCAGUACAGUUUCCACAAGGGUGCCAUCACAUCCAUUGCUUUCAACCCACUGGACGACUCUAUUAUCGCUGUUGCUAGUGAGGACAAUACCGUGACGUUGUGGGAUCUGUCAGUGGAAGCUGAUGAUGAAGAGAUAAAGCAACAAGCCGCUGAGACUGCAGAACUACAGCAAAUUCCACCCCAGCUUUUGUUUGUUCACUGGCAGAAAGAAGUCAAGGAUGUCAAAUGGCACAAGCAAAUUCCAGGUUGUCUGGUGAGUACCGGUACAGAUGGAUUGAACGUAUGGAAAACUAUCAGUGUUUAA